GGGAAGAUGGCGGCUGCGGGCGCGGGCUCCGAGUCCUCUCCAGGGUCCGGAGGUCCCGGGGCGCGCGCGCUGGCGGCGGAAGAGGUGCGGGCGCGGCUGCAGCGGAUGCGGCGGGCGCUGGGCAACCGCAGGAAGAUCCUGGUGCGCAACCUGCCGCGCGGCUGCGGAUGCCAGGAAGUGCACGAUUUGUUAAAGGACUAUGAGUUAAAGUAUUGUUACGUGGACAGAAACAAACGAACAGCCUUCGUCACCUUGCUGAACGGGGACCAGGCCCGCAGCGCCAUCCGGGUGCUCCACCGAUCCUCCUUCCGCGGCGAGGACUUGAUCGUCCAGCUGCAGCCUACAGACGCGCUGCUGUGCGUCACCAACCUGCCCCUGUCCUUCACAUUGGAGGACUUUGAGGAGCUCGUCCGUGCCUACGGCAACAUCGAGAGGUGCUUCCUGGUCUACAGCGAGGUGACCGGCCUGUCCAAGGGCUACGGCUUCGUGGAGUACAUGAAGAAGGACUCGGCGGCCAGAGCCCGGCUGGAGCUGCUGGGGAAGCGGCUGGGGCCCUGGGUGCUGUUCGCGCAGUGGAUGGACGUCAACCUUCUGGCCUCCGACCGCGUCCACUCCAAGUGCCUGUGUGUGGACAAGCUCCCUGCGCACUUCAGCGACACAGAGGAGCUCUUGCAGUGCUUGUCCAGGGUCCACACCCCUGUGUUCUGCCAGCUGGCGCAGGACGAAGGGUGCUGCAUGGGGCGCUUCGCCGUGGUGGAGUACAGCAGCCCAGAGCAUGCCGAGGAGGCGCGGCAGGCGGCCGCCGGCCUGAGCAUCGGGGGCAGCGCCAUCCAGGUCUCCUUCUGUGCCCCAGGGGCGCCAGGCCGGAGCACAUUGGCGGCCCUGAUUGCAGCGCAGCGCGUGGUGCAGAGCAGCCGGAAGGGGCUGCUCCCGGAGCCGAGCCCGGUGCAGGUCAUGAAGGGGCUGAGCAACCCCGCCACGCUGCAGGCGCUGCUGUGCGGACGGGCGGCCAAGCCAGCAGUUCUCGGAGCACCCCCCAGCCUGCCGCAGCUGCUGAGCCCCCCGGCCCUGCGUGCAUUCUUACACCUGAGUAAAGCACACCAGAAGCCUGGCCUGCUCGGGGACCCCCCGGGCCUGGUGCUGCAGACCGCGCUGGGGAUGGGGCCGGCGCUGCCGCUGAAGACGGAGCUGGGACCCCCGGUAGAGGCGCCCGGAAGCAAACCCCUGAACCUGGUUCCGACUCCGGCGACCAUGCCUGCUACUGUGGGGCUACUGCCCUUCUUCCCAGGCCAGCGCAGCGUGGGACCGGCCAGCCUGGGCCCCAGACAGGAGCAGCACCCGGUCGCCCUGGGCGUCGCAGAAGGGGGCUUCUCGGGUCCACAGCCGCACCUGCAGAGCUUCGCUAGCCUUGCUGCCGGGGGCCUGCUGGCCGCACACUGCGGGCAGCGGCAUAGCCAGCUGCCAGAACCGGGCUCAGGGGCUGCCUCUAAGAGUCAGACCUCGCUCCUGGGAGAACCCCCAAAAGAAAUCCGGCUCAGCAAGAACCCGUAUCUGAACCUGGCCAGUGUGCUGCCUGGGGGCUGCCUGCCAUCUGCUGCGGGUCAGAGCACCCUGCAGAAGCCUGGACUCCCGAGCACCAUCCUGGAUGCCCUCGCCCAGGGGACAGCGGGGUCCGCGCUGGAGAAGUGUGUGGCUUUAUCUCCGCCCUUUGGGGGCUCCACCCAGGUGUCCUCUUUCAGGACUGAGAAGCGCGGUGCAGCUUACCUCCUUGCUGCCCCUGAGGGUGGUGUAGGGGACUGCAUGGACCAGCAUGCCCAGGGCAUGGGUAUGCACUACAUGGAAACAUACUUGAAGAAGAAACGUGUGUACUGAGCGGAGUCCUCACCACCUGCUCCGCUAGUGGCAGCAUCUCUGCUGUCUAGUGCUGCCUUAACUUCAUCCAGAUUAGCCAUAGCCUCUCAAUACGGGUCCAUGACUCCCAGGAGGAGCAGUGUUGCAGCAGGCAGAAUUGCCAAAUCAAACAUAAGCAGCAAUAAGAAGAAACACCACCUGAGGACAUUCCGCGCCAGAAUUAAAUGUAUGUUAAUGUGACAUUCACUUACAGUUCAUUGGAAAAACUAACACCGUUCCAAUAUUCCUUGUUUCAGGACUGGGAACAAUUUUCACAUCACAUAUAAAAUCUGAAGCAAUAAAUGGGAAACAACCGUUUCCUUAGCCUUAGAAUCAAUUUCUUAAACGCCAAUGUGCAUUUGUUUGCUUCCCUACAAGUAAUUUCACGUGUGGAUUUUUAGAGCCCUUCUGUAGCUGUGAGGGUGUAAGUGCCAAAUACGGUGACAGCGAUGCAAACUCCUCUCUGACCCCACAGCAGCCGGGUGACUAAACCAACAGAGCCAGGGCCACCCAUUUUCCGGUCCCCCUUCUGUCUCUCUUUGGCAAAAGCUUUCUUUUUCCCAAUACAUUUUGCCUACUCUAAAUUAAAAAAAAAAAACAAAAAAAAAACAGAGCCGUAGUGGGGUCCGGGCUGUGCACUAGCAGCGGCUGCCUGGAGUUGAGGUAUUACACCCUAACAAGGUAUUUUAGCAGGAGUGACUUCGGUGAUCUAACUCAGGCGUUGGCAGACUACACCCUAGGGCCCACUUUGCUCUACUGCCUGCCUUUAAAAGUGCCUGCAAGGUAAGAAUGUUUAGUUUCCAAUGGCUGGGAGAGGGGAGACGAUGUACAGCCUGAAAUGUCCAUGAAACUCCAAUGUGAGUCCACAUGGUUCCACUGCACUGCACACACACACGUGCUCACGGCUGGUGUCCUGUCGGCAGUGACUCCUGUGCCACGUGGUGAGCUGAGGAGCAUGACGGAGAGCAGGCCCCUGAGGCCAAGGGCAGGCGGUCCGGCCCUUCAGAGCGGGCUGAGCCCUGACUUCAUGUUCCGUCCUCUCAUUUCCCCUCCAGACCAACCGUAACUUUGGGGACAGACUUGUCGGUGGCAGGGACAUGGGUUUCUGUGCCUCGUUUCACAGGGCACCCAGUGAUGACCUAGCGACCAGCCUGGGCCUCUGCCCGUCAAGCGUGCUGUACCACAGCUCAGUGCAGCCAUCGGCGCCGCCUCUUCCGAAGGAGUCUGGUGGAGACCCACAGCCACCUUGUGCGGCCAAGCCGUACCUCACUCUGCUUUGUCCUCUUUGGCCACGUCAGGCUGGGAAUGUCAGCUGCCUAACCCAGUUCAACGUCUGUUAGUGUGAUUCUGGGAUCACUACUUUCUGAAGACUGGCGUUAAAUGCACGAGAAACCUUUUGCCAUCUAGAAGCUCCUAGGUUUGUUUGCUGCUAAUGGAGUUUGGGGUCACAGUGAUCCUAGUCUUUAGGAUCAGCUCAUUAAAAUACCUUAUAGGGCUGGGGAUUUAGCUCAGUGGUUCCACUGCCUGCCUCGAAAGCACAAGGUCCUGAGUUCGAUCCCUGGUACCAAAAAAAUUUAAAAAUAAAAAAGAAUACCUUGUCAUUCUGGGGACUUGCUGUGUUUGAUGUAGUUCUCCUGCUUUAAUUAUGACAUCAAGAACUGGUGCAUGUGUUGUAUGCUUUGUAAAGAAUUUUCCUUGGGGGCCGGGGAUUUAGCUCAGCGGUUCCGUCGCCUGCCUCGACAGCACAAGGUGCCGAGUUCGAUCCCUGGUACCAAAAAAAAUUUUCCUUGGUCUAAUUUACUGCGUGUACUGCUUGUAUUGGAGAAGAAGUGUUAGAAAGUUAAGCUAGGACAAUUUCUGAGCAGUCCACUACCUACAGGCGACCCAGCAGGACGCGUCGCAGCAGGCAGCCUUCGGGCCUCCCCUUCUCCCCAUUCUCCUGUGGCUCUCGGCCUCGAGAGCUUGGUCAGCCUUCCCGCCAGUGUGAAGAGAGGGAGGCUGGUACAUCUCACAUGGGAGCUUGGACUGGAGAGCAAGAGGCGGAAAGACUGGGAGGGAGCGGUUUUCGAUUACGGCACAUGUGGACUCCGCAGCCACACCAGCCAGUGCCCAUUGUCACUGCACAGAACAGGGAAGCACAAGCCGAGCAGUGUCGGUGACAAGGGUCGGGCCCAACCCUCUCCCCAAAACCACACUGCUAUUCCUCUGUGUAAGCAAACUGUUCGAAAUGCUCUGAAAACGAACACUUCCUAUUAAAAGGCAUAUGCAUGUAAA